AGCCCCAGCAUCAGAGUAGAGUGGAAACAGGAAGAGGAGGCGAGGGGGGAAAGAAAGGAGACAGAGAGGAGAGGAUCGGGUGAGACAAGGUGGCGAGGAGUGAAAGAAAGGGAGGAAAAAGGGGAGAGAAGGGCUGCCUGGACCAAAGACCCUGAAGGAAAAAAAUAAAACCUACAGAAAAAAAAAAACCAAGAGAGGUCUCCCAACAACCUUCAAACGGAUUUUGCUGCUUCCAGCAGAAAUGUCACAUUUAGAUGGUUGCCAUUCUCACCCAGGAGGUCAAAGUACCAGCUCGCAGCUAUUUAAAGGGAUCUGAAACCGCACUGGUCUGGAGUCUUUCUAAUCCUGUCCUGAUAGCAAAAUUUGGACCUGAAAGUCUUGUCUCUCAGUGGUCGCUGUAAGACUGUCUCUUGCGCUCACGUGGGAAGUGGAGGGACCGCUACACACCGACCAAGACUGGCUGCAUGUAUCACCCGGCGGAGCUCUACUCUGGCCGCAACACAUGGGACCCCUACCCAGCUGGAGGGCCUAACAGAGGACAAUGGGCGCCUGUCAACGGUCGCCCCUGGAGCCACCCACAAAGAUACCAAGAAGGACGUAACCAGUCACACCAUUCACUAUCAAGUCAUCUGUAUAACAGGGGUAACAGAACAGUCAACCAUGUCCAGGAUAAGGGCAUCUCAAAGGGCCAUAGACAUCCGCAAAGAAUUUGGGAUGGUAAAGAGCAGCAAUUUGAGGCCCAGAGCUGGCAUCACAACUCUUCACGCUCAUUCCCCAACCAAAGCGGUAACAGUUAUCCAACCGGUCCUGGACAACGCUAUGUCGACUGGCAAAACAAUCAAGGGCAUCCUCGCUUGAAUCGCGGCAGCAGAGAGUUGCAGUCCCCUAUGGAUAGAUGGGGUGCGUCAGAACACCACAGAGGCUUCACAGGCAGAAUGGCCAACAACAGGCAUGGACCUUGGAAACAUCCCACCCUUCACCAGCGGAGAGAGCAGCUGCCUCAUCACAGUCCACCCCCUCAGCAUCAUCUAUCUUCGAGGAAUGGAUGUCCGGCUAAAAGGAAAAGGGACUCUGAUCCAGAUCAAUCAUCUCAUGUGGGAUCGAGGCAUUUAUCUCCACCUCCUCAUGCCCCAUCAUCGCCUAGCCACUACCGUUGCAACCAAGAUGACAGAGCGGGUCCCUGCCAUCGCUCUGAACACAGGACCUCAGCAUCUCAUCAACAGGAAACCUCUGAACCGCGAACGGGAGGCCAUGGCACUGGUGACUCGGAACCUCCCAACCAGAGUCUCAUCAGCAGACCACCGUAUUAUGGUAACAAAGGGAAGGUCGAAGGGAAAAUCUCAGUUUCACCAGCAGACCACACCCGUGUGCCUUACAGCCAGCAAAAUCACCACUACCACCAUCAGCGGCACACAAGCCACCAGAAAGUUCCACAGCACAACAAACCACAACGCCCCCUGGAGGAAAAGGACUUGCAGAUCCACCAUCACAAGCAAAGCACAGAACAGAAGCGGUCUCAUUCAAGGUUCAAUUCAAGGGAUUCAACCCUGUGCAAAAAUUCUGCUGCAGAGUUUUCCCCCAGUUCGACCCCUCUCUGCAGUCCUAAAGAUGGUCGUUCCACUUCCAGCAGUCCUGGAGUUCCCUCCAGUCCCUCCUCAUUCGCCGUGUCCAGUUGCAGGAGAGAUUCAGCAGACAUUCACCCACGCCUUCCAACUCUCAGUGAACAGCAGAAGUCUCUAGCAGGCCCCGGUCACGUCCACAGACCUAGCCUGACAGCCACAUGCCAUACGUCUGAUUCUGGCUUAAGAUCCAGGUUUUCAGACCCCAAACACAGGAAAACCUCAGUCUGUUCACGACAAUCUCCUGUUGCCAGGCCGAGGACAAGCAAGCCCGAGAAGGGGAUGGAGGAGCUCAGAAAAACUGAGAUCAAACGGAAGGAUAAGCUCAUUAAAAAACUGAAAAUGGGUGAUUUUGCAAAUGAAAAUAACGAGGAAAGGAAAAGAAGGAAGAAAAAAGAAGAGAAAAGCGUAGAUGAAAGGAAUAGGAAGAGAGAUAAAGCAAUUAAGAAAGACAGAAAAUUGCGCUUGAAAUUAAAAAAAAUGAAGAAGGAAAAGCUUUCUUCCGUCAAUGCUUUCCCCUGUCCACAAGAGGCCAAACUGGACGAAAUGGAGACGCCAUCUUUGUCAGGAAUUAAUCAAAGCCAGUCACUCCGAAGACACAAAACCCAUAAAAGAGGUGAACAGGUCAAAAGAACAUUGGACAAGCCAACCACCUCCAAUGCUAACUUGACUUCCCAGUCCCCAAAUUCAGAGUCCAAGCAAAUCCCUAAAGGGAGCAGCUUUCCCACAGAACUACCAGUAAAUGAACACCCCAUAGAAUCUAUAGCCAACUCUAAAAGUCUCCAUCAGAGCAGCAAUGUUACAUCGCAUUCAGGAGAUGGAACAAAUGUCAACUCUGGUAAAAUAUUCCUUUCAAUCUUCCAUAAAGCCUCAGCACCUCUCGGUACCACGUGCUCGGCUGGCUCAGACCAGGUGGUCCAUGGCAAAGACGAGAAGAAGGUGGGAGUUCUCAAUGCGCCAGACCUUCAGCCUGAGGCUGUGCUGGGAAAUCUCAGUGACUCGGGAGACAACCAUGCAAACACUCCUCCUGUGCUCAGCUGGCAGGGCUCCCCCGUUUCAGAUUUCGAAGAAGAUGAGGAAGAGCUGAAAAAGGGUGUAAUCAGUAGACCGGUUCUCCAGCCCAGUCCCACUCAGUGCUUAUCUCCUCUCCCUGCAGAUAGUGAAAGCACUGGCGAAUCGGAUGGUUACUCUCUCAACAGCCCUACUGAGUUCUGCGAGCCACCUUGUGCAAUCAAAGAAGAUAUUGAGGAAGACAAAGAAGAGCAGGAGAAUCCAAGUAGGAAAGCAACGGGCUUGCUCCUUAAUGCCCUCAAUCAACAUAAAGCAGGUUUGGAUGAUGUCUUCAAGAGCCUGGCCACCUUCCUUGAAGGCCAGAGAGCAUCAUGUCGCGGGGGUCCUUUUGGUGGGGCCACUUCAAGAGGAGUAAAGCAUUCAUCAUCUCUCACAGUGGCGCCCCAUAUUCACCGUGAUGAGAAUGAGGAUCUUUGCCAUAAAUCAUCUCCCACAGCCUUCUCAGAGCCUAAUAGUCAGUCACCUCCUGAUUCUACCUCAGGCUCACUUUUUAAAUCCCAAAGUCUGCCAUUUCGAAAAGAUUCAGUCCCUCAUCCCAAGGCGCAGGAGAAUCAGGAAGAAACUGAGAGUUGUUCAGACGAUAACGGGGUGGGAAAGAAUAAAGAGAACCUUCUGGAGCGAACGGAUUCCUCACGUCUGGAGGGAUCGCUGAGUGCGGAACUGAGAGUGACCACAACUCAUACUGCCUCUUUCACUGGUGUCAUUACCGUCUCCACCAAGGACGGGAGAGAAAACAGGAAAGAAUCCAAGCGGACUGCUACAAAAAGGAAGAGAAAGCAUAGGGAUGGCAGAAGAGAGGACAUCAUAAAGAGAAAGGUCAAUAAAAAAGAUAAAAAGUGCAAAACUAAAGCCAAUCCUUCAAAGGAUGCUCACAAGAGGGGUAUUUCAUCCUCUGUGUCCAUCAUCUCCAAAAGCUCCACAAGACCUCUUGCAGACAGCAUGAAGGGCCAGAUUCCUCAGGAAAAUCAAACGCCAUAUGGUAAAGACAUCAAGAGAGUCAAACUGGACACUGGGGAUGCUGAUGUGAAGGUGGAGGUCGGUAUGUUAGGAAAGAAGAUAACCCCAGACACCAACACCUCAAACACAGGAACCUCAGCUGCAAGAAUCAAAGCAUCAGGUCAGUCAGGUGCUAUCACACCAGCAAGCAAGUCUCCCUGCUCCAAAGGUCCAGCGGAUCCCUUGAAACUGAAAGCAUUGUCCAUGGGCUUGUCCAAGGAGCUGAAGGUUGUGCUGACUAAAAUGGACAGCGCCGGGAGACAAACAUUUAACAUAUCGGAGCUGGAGGAACCCAGGAUCCCAAUGUCGAAGCUGAGCAUCGACAACACAGCAGCUGAAGUGGUCAGAGCAUGCAGAGGAGAUAGAGUGAAGGGGAAAUUCAAGGAGUCGUUCCUGCUUCCCUCGUUCUGUGUCAAACCCAAAAUUGCCAUUGACACCCCCAUUCCACGGGAAAAGCUCAACCCACCCACACCAAGCAUCUAUUUGGAGAGCAAGAGGGAUGCCUUCUCUCCAGUUCUGCUUCAGUUCUGCACAGAUUCCAAAAAUGCUGUAACGGUCAUCCGAGGCUUGGCCGGCUCCCUCCGCCUUAAUCUUGGUCUGUUCUCCACCAAGUCGCUGGUGGAGGCCAAUUCAGACCACGCCGUGGAAGUGAGAACUCAGGUUCAACAGCCUGCUGAUGAGAACUGGAACCUAAACGGCUCUGCACAAACCUGGCCCUGUGAAAGCAGUCGAUCGCACACCACCAUUGCCAAAUAUGCCCAGUACCAGGCCUCCAGUUUCCAAGAGAGCCUGGAGGAGGAGAAAGAAAGUGAGAAUGAGGAGGAGGAGGAGGAAGAUAAGACAUCAGACACAUUAGCGACCACAAAAGCUGCCCUGACUUUACCCAAUAGUAAAGUCAGUCCCACUUCAGUGACAAAUAAAGCCAACUGCACUUCUUCUAGUAAAGCCCAGUUGGCUAAUUCCCCCAGCACUCCCAGCCCGGAGCAGAAAACAGUGGGAAAGAUCAUUAAAUUCGGGACCAACAUUGAUCUCUCUGACCCUAAAAGGUGGAAGCCCCAGCUGCAGGAGCUUCUGAAGCUCCCAGCUUUCAUGCGAGUGGAAUCCAGCAACAACAUGCUCAGUCUCGUUGGUCACACCAUCCUGGGGAUGAACUCCGUGCAGCUGUACAUGAAGGUUCCCGGCAGCCGAACUCCCGGGCAUCAAGAGAACAACAACUUCUGCUCCGUCAACAUUAAUAUCGGGCCUGGAGAUUGUGAGUGGUUUGCAGUACACGAACACUACUGGGACGCCAUAAACAAAUUCUGCGACAAACACGGAGUAGACUAUCUUACGGGGUCCUGGUGGCCAGUGCUGGAGGAUCUCUACAGCUCCAACAUCCCUGUGUACCGCUUCAUCCAGAGACCAGGAGAUCUGGUGUGGAUCAACGCCGGGACCGUUCACUGGGUUCAAGCCGUUGGCUGGUGCAACAACAUAGCCUGGAAUGUGGGACCGCUCAAUGCCUACCAGUAUCAGCUCGCUCUGGAGCGCUUCGAGUGGAACGAGGUGAAGAAAGUGAAGUCGAUCGUGCCCAUGAUCCACGUUUCGUGGAACGUGGCUCGUACCCUCAAGAUCACGGACAAGGACACCUACAAGAUGAUCAAACACUGCCUCAUGCAGUCUAUGAAGCACAUCCAGAUUCUGAGAGACCAGCUGGUGGCUGCAGGAAAGAAAAUCUUUUACCAGAGCCGCGUGAAGGAUGAGCCCGCCUACUACUGCAACGAGUGUGAUGUGGAGGUGUUUAAUCUGCUGUUAGUAACCAGUGAGAACUGCACUAAGAAGACCUACGUGGUGCACUGUGAGGACUGCGCUCGAGCUAAGAGCUCCUCUCUGGCGGGGGUGGUGGUGCUGGAACAGUAUCGGAUGGAGGAGCUGAUGAAGAUCUACGACAGUUUCAUGCUGACCCCUCCACCUCCGUCAAAGUGAGGCCUCCUCCGCGUCGCACGUCUCUCAGCCAUAACCAAAACUCUAACGGCAGCACAAAAGUUGUCUCCAAGGUGGCCAGCUUCAGCGAACGCUCUCUCAAUCAGCCAAUCACGUUUACUCAGUAUUGUUUACAUUACACAACAAGGUAUGGAUACUCAGCCAAUCCAUCUCGAGUUCACCGUCUUCCCCAUACCAGCUGCAGAUUGGACGUGUGUUUUGAAAUAGAAUGACUAGACUGGUUCUUCUCUCAAAAAGCAUUUAAUAUAAGUUUAAAAAAAAAAAAAAAAAGCAAACAAAAAAAAAAAACACAAUGUGAGCACUGAUACCACUGAAAAUCAGGUUAUGUAUGUUCAACGGACACUGCUGUGAUUCAAAAGCGUCUAGUAGCCGGUUCUGUGUAAUGAUUCAGGUACUUUUAUGCAAAUUCAGUAGAACUUUUGUACACCAAUCUAGUUAUUCUAUGUGUCCAUGAAUUUGCUGUGAUUCUAUUGUACCAGCAGGGGAAGUAGCUGAUUGUCAUGUUCGGCAUGGUCUUGGUUUCUGUUUUUUUGUUUUGUUUUUUUUUUAAUGGUUUUGUUCCGGUAUUCAGGUAAACUGAUAUUUGUAAUUCUUGUCUGUAAACUCUUUGAGGUGCUAUACCAAUCCUAUUUAUUCUCAUUAGAUACUUAACAAAGUGUUACCAGCCUAGAAGUACACCACAUUGGCCUUGUGAACUGUAUUUAGAGGUAAUUAGCUUAUAAAACACACACAAAUUAGGUUUUUACAUAAGUACUGGCUCAAAUUUAAAUUUUUUUCUCAGUUUCUCUAAAAUACGGGUUUACUGGAGGACUAAUAUGGUUUCAUUCUUAGUUGGAAAUCGACUGUGUUGAGGAGGGGAAAAAAAAAAGUAACUUUUUAUUGUGUCCGCUUUUUAACAAGUCUAGCAAAGAUGAUGGUUAACGUGAUUUGUACAAAACAUGCAGAGAAAACCGACGUACAGUUGUCAUUUUUACUUUUGGAAUGGGGAAUUUAAGAGUCCCGGUUUUAUACCUCUUUUGUUGAAAUCUUAUUGUUUGUAGGUAACAGAGAAAAUAAAGAAUUGUAAAUUGUGAAUGAACUUAUGAGAGACACAGUGGUGUGCAUAGACAGAGACAAAGGGCGGGAGGAGGGGUGGCUACUGAACACUGAUGUUUACGUCAGUGAAAUGCAACAUAAAAUAGCAUGUGCAAAGAUAUAAAUAAUCAUAGUCUUCUAAUGCAAAAACCAGUGAUGCCAAACAGAUGAGCAGAUCCUGCGUCUCCGUCCUAGUGCAAUUCAGCUCCACACACUGCCAAAGGCUAGAACUGCACCGAUGUAAUUAUUUAAUUAACGAUAAUUCAUUGCUCUCUUUUGAUCUAAAAUUUCUGACUUCAGAAUUAUUGCCACGCCAUCAGUGUCAAUUCAGGAAAAUAGAUGCAGAUUUUUUCCUCUAGCAUCAGCUCAAUGAGAUGCAGACGAUGCCAAAUUAGACCUGGUGGUUAACAAAUUCAAAGAUUUUGACCAAAGGAAGAUUCUCCACACUAAAUUACAUCUGUUGCUGGGAAAUGUUAAUCUUUUUCUAACUUUGACGACUAAAGUGAAUAGUAAAAACAACGUCACACUUGUCUUACAAAGAAAUGUGACAGUCUCCUGUUGGUAAACUCUAGAUUAAGAUUUUUUUUUUUUAAUGCUUAAUAAGAUUAGGCAUUUGUUGAUACCAUGAGUUCCAACUCAAUAUUGCAGUUUGUCCGGUCAGUUUGUUUUGUCUGUGACAGAUUUUUUUGACCCGACUUGCGUUUCCACUGAGCGACUUCAAUGCAAAUCUCCAACAUGGGUCAGCUAGCCAAAAGAUACUACGGUGUUCUGAAAACAUGUUACCUAAAACUUGUAUGGUUUCAUCAUUUGUUUCUCAAGAUAUGACCUAACAUAUUCACUUGCUGUCUUCAACAAACCUCCCCCUGCUGACGAUGUUUUUAUGCGUCGCAGUUUGCUGACAUGCUAAGCUAACGUUAGCAUACUUACUCUGUGUUAUUAAAAAUGGGCCAUGCCCAGGACAUCCCUGUCAAAACCAGCUUACAAAUAUCAAAAUAGUGCGGCUCAUUAUGACUUCAAGAUAAAACACUACUUGUUUUCUGAAAAUAAAAUGUAAAGGCAACAUCAGCAAUCCUUCAGAGAUAUUUAAGCAAAACGGUUUCCACAAGAAACUCAAUUUGCUGGUGCUAUCUGGCAGUGUUUGUACGUGCUCUCAAGGGGUCAGUAUUUUUGCAAACACCUAAGUGUAGGAUGAUUGAUUUCCUCACGGAACUGGAACUAUUAUAUUGAAAUGGAGGCGUGGUAUCACUGGCGUAAAAACGGUUAUAAUGACUUGCCCACGAAUGGCAAGCUUCAGGGCUCAGCUCUGGUCUCACCGGUCUGUGCACACCAUUUUCUGUACAUACUGUAUCUGCUUCAGGUUUAUUAGAACAUGUGUAAUUUUGUUCUCAAUCAAAAAAAAAAAAAAAGCCUUUUGUUGCUGUCAUUUGUUUCAGUUUUCCUUCGUUGUCGUUGGUAUAUUCUAAAUACACGCUGAAAGUAUCCCGUUUCCUUCUAGUUUAAAUUACUGCAAUGGGAAAAUGCAUCCCAACUUUUAUACCUCUUUUUUGUUGUCAGUUAUUCUGUUUGUUUUUCUCUUCUUUUUUUUGGGAUAAUGGAGAAAAUGAUAAAUUGUAAAUGGUGACAUUAUUUAUACUGUAAAUGGUGGUUUGCUUAUAUAUUUAUUGCAUAUCAAAGGAUACUUCACACUUGAUAAGGGGCUACAAGGUAUUUUAAAAGUGUAGUAUGGUCAUAGUGUGUGGAUAGGGGAUGUGCAAUCAGGGGGGCAGUUUAAUAUUCAUGGUGCUAGACCCCUACUUGCCUUGGUGCCCCCUCAUCAAGCAGCAUAUAUCGAUGUAUGGACAUAAGAUUCAGCUCAAUUCAACCAUCUGGUGCUUAGAACCAUUUCAACACAGUUUACUAGAAAUGGAAUGAUGUCUUUGUACUGUAACUAAGAGAACAAUACAAGAUUUUUUCUUUUCUUUUGUACCUUUCUUCCAUUGUAUGAAAUGCAUAAUCUCGUGUGGCAUUAGUGGUUUUAUGAUAAGCAUUAGCUGUAGUUGUUAACUCUUGACACUUUUGCAGAGACUCUUAGGGAUGUGACUUUUUAUUGGCGUCGAGGUUCCUGGUGUCUUGUCCUCGUUAGUACUAUUUGGAGGAUGUAACGAAGCUCUUCUUUUCCCCCAACCCACUUCUAUUUUCACUUGUUUGAUUUAUGCUGCACUCACUGUUUCCAAAAGAAGUCACUUAGAAGAAAACCUGAGCCAGACCUGUCUUAAUUCCUCUGUGAUUUCUCUGUGACAUACUGUAUUGUUGUUCAAGAAAUUAAAAUGUUUUGAUAAACCAUGCA